AUGACUAAGUCAAACGUGUCUUCGCUUGUGUCCAUGGGGCUCCCUCGUGGAUUUGAAUGGAAGUUCGGCGAGUCAAGUAUCCUUGCGGGGAACGGGAAGCAGCUAUUGGGUGCUUAUGGCGGUUACUAUGAUCGAGAGAAUCUGUGGAGGAAAAAGCAUAGGAAACUGAGCAGCCACUCCUAUGCUGGCUUCCACGAAGGGAGAAGUAGUGCGGUAGGGCCAGGAGAAAUGAUCAAAUCUGAGCCGGCCGCGGCUAAGGAGGAGGAAGAUGGGCAGAAGCACAUGGUCAGAAUAGAAGGGGAGGAGUCUAUUGCUGGUACUGGGAAUGACAGAAGCGAUGGUGGGAGUGAAGUUUGCCGGUCGGACCCAGUGGUCGGGGCUAGGGAGCUUCCCGAGGCCGCGGUUCAAUUGACUGCUGGGCUGCAGUCGCUCAUUGAGGUGUUGGAAGCUGAUACAGGCAAGAGCUCAACAAGGGGUCUGGACGAACAUAAAAUUGGCGCUAUCACAGCACACAGAUACGAUGGUGGUAUGAGAGGAGUUAAGUGCUCGAUAUGCAUGGAUGAGUUGAGGGAAGGGGAUAUGGUCAAGUGCCUGCCAUGUGUUCAUAACUUCCACGCGAAAUGCAUAGACCACUGGCUGCGAGUGAACCAUCGCUGCCCUGUGUGCAAGUAUAAUAAACUGGACCCGCCGAACCUAGCCUCGAAGGUAUUAUACGCUCACAUUGGUGACGACCCGACCAAAUGGGAAGUCCUCACAGCGUUCAAGCGCGGCGCGAGUCGGGCCAUGCGGGUGAAACUGAGGAGCUCUUUCACAGAGAGGGUCGUACAGCCCUACUACUGCAGUAUGAUGGCACGUGCUCCAUCUAGUGACAUUGCUACGGCAAUUUGCACAAAACCCGGGGGAAAACCAGCGGAUAAACGUUCGGUGUAUUUUCAUUUUCCCACACACGAAGAUGCGAUGGAGUUCGCGGAGGUGUGGGGUAACCUGCAUCGGUAUAAAACACCCGUCGAGCUCACCAAGGAGAUACCCAAUGAGGAGCAAGUCCACGAAGAUUGGGAUGCAGUGUUGGAAAGAACGAGGGCUAAUGUCGUUGAGGCCUUCGGCGAGGUGAAUUACGCAAGUCUAGUACGGUAUGUUCGGAUCGGCUCGGAUCCCGACAAGUUUGUGGUGACGCACGCUCAUCGUGAUGGUGACGCUGGCGUACGGUUGUUGAGGUUGGCGGAAGAGAAGGCCCAUUUGUGGGAUCUGCAGGAGACCUUUCAUUGUGAUGAUAUUUCCGCGGAGCCCUGGGGGAAAUUCGUAGAGGCGAAGUGCGCCAGGCCGGAAAACCCAAAGAAGAAAUUCCUGUUCGUGAUAAAUUUUGAAACCCAAGAGGAUGCGGCUUACUUUGCUGAGAAAUGGGGAGCCCCUUUCACAGCGGGGGAAGCGGGUGAGGAGGCACAGUCUAGUGAACGAGUCGAUGAUAGUGGCGAUGAGGUGAAGGAUAGUCAUAGCGCUGCUGAGCCCGAUAGCAGCGCUAAGUCAUCAACUACUGAAUUUGGUGACACUGGCGAGGAUGAGGACAGUCCAGAUGGAGAUGUGGUCCCUCCUGAGGAGACUCCUGGUGGGGAAACUGAUAGUGGAGGAGGAGAUGACGACGAGGCUCCCGCAUCUGGGCCUCAAGAAAUGGAAACAGGGGAAGGAACUCAAGAGGCCUCUAGCAACGACGUCGAACCGGCCUCGGCAUCGGACGAUGACUCAGAUGCUUCUGAAUGGGGAAAUUAUCCUCAGGUCUCGCAAGCGGUUCCUAUUGUUGAGGAUGAUUCGGCUGGUGCUGAGACAGAGGGUGGUCAUAGCACCAGCCGAGCAUUACGCAGUGAGGAAGGAGAGCGGUCUCAAGAGGUUCCGGAGACAGAAGCUGACGAGUAUGUUAUCCCUGAGAGCUUGCCGACCUUUCAAGAUGUAGGAGAUUUCACUACGGACCACGACGCUGAGGACGAUCAUACGGCUGCUGCUCGACUUGCAUCAAAUGUUGAGGAGGAUUUCUCUGCAGGAGAUGAGGAGACCCAAGAGGAGGAAGCUAAGUUAAGGCAUUCCUCGGAGGGUAACGCGGACGGUGAGGGGCUGAAGGCUGAUGAAUCGGAAGGUGACACUGUUGAUGACGAUGACAGGCUCUCACCGGACAAUGAGGAGGUUGCGUCGUCAUCCGAAGUGGAGGGGAAUGGUGGAAUUUUCGUGCCCACUGACGAGGCGGGCUUUGGCACUUGUCGAGAGUUUCGCCCUCGGCAUAGUUAUCGGUAUGGGAAAAUAACCGCUUUUGAUACACCAGGACGGAGAUUCAAGGCAUGUCUCUGGGUUCGGAGGCGUUACAAGAAGGAGGCGGAAGUCGCCGCGUGUGAGGAGGUGGCGGUCAGGCCCAAGCAUCGGGUUGACCUCAACGAUUGGCUGAUUCCGGUGAAGUGCACUAUUGGAGGUGGCGCUGAUGCUGAGACGGUGGAGGGGAAGAUCCGAUGCGACUCGGAGUAUGAAGCAAGAACUUUGGCCAAGCAGAUCCCUCCUGGGUUCCUGGCCUAUACUCUCUCCCUGGCAUGGCUGGCAAUAGCAUGCGGCUGCCAGAUGGAGUCGAUAGUAGCAGCAGUGGAUCGUGGUACACCUACUCUCAAGGCUCGUGGAGAAAAGACUCUUCUUUCCCAGAAGCAUGGCGAUCAGAUAUUGACAGAUUCCCCACCGUCAGGGGGCGAGUCCUGCAAAAAGUUGAUAGCCGAUUUUUCAAAGGGUGAGGCUGAUGAUGUUAUUGACUUUGACAUACGCAAGAGAGAGCUAACGGUGUUGCCUGGUACAAUGAUACAUCCACUGCAGUUGAGAUGCGGUGAAGUGGAGGUGCCUCCAGAAGGAAAGGGCGCUACUUGGCUGGUCCGUGUGGACUGUCGAGACUCUCAAGGUGGGGUCAUGGUCGGUCUGGUGGAGGAGUGUUGGUAUGCGGACGUCGCGAAGAUGCUGAGAUUCUGGCCAGGACUUGGGGUGGUUUUAAAGGAAAGGCCGGUCUUGGCACCCAAGGGAGCGCAGCGCACUCUUCUGGAUGGUUCCAAUACGUUGUUAUGUACCACAAGCAGGAGACCUGUCACCACCUCAACUACGACUACAACAACGACAACGACAACGCCCACCACUACUACCACUACGCGGAGGUCGUUCCUUGGCAGCUGCCAGGAGGUGGUUCGUCCGUCUGCUCCCAAUGAGAUGCCUCAGCAGAUAGCCGAUUUCGCAUUCGCUAAUCGCGGACUGCGGAUAUCACCUUGGGGUGCCAAGGGUGGCUCUGAGGAGUUCCUGACCUGUGAUCCGGUCCGAGCCCCACCGGCCAAGGAGAAGGAUGGUCGUUAUCGCGUCUCGGCCAGCUGCUACAUGGCAGCCUCAUCUAGGAUGUAUGCCUACGCUGAGGAGGAGGGUAUAGUGUGUGGAUCAUAUUGGGAUGCCCAGCUGCUGGCAGUCAUGUGGGGAGGUUAUGAGCCUCCGCGGCCGACUACUACUACCACCAGCACAACUACUACAACCACGCGGAAACCCAGGUCGCGGUAUCCCACCUGCGAGACCAUGCGGCCCGACUGGUCCUACGGCGAGGCAGUAGACGAGGUCGUUGAUUUCGUAGUGUAUGGCAGACAGCUACAGGUACGUCCUUCCUAUGCGGAUAGCGUUAUGUCGCUGAUCUGUGAGCAAGUUAUGGAGCUUCCGGUGAGGCAUGGGGCUGCUGCUGCCUACCAGCCGGAGCAGUGGUCGGUGCCUGUGAAGUGUGGUGAUGCUGAAGAUCCGGGAAGCUAUGAUAACGCCAACGUCGUAUGUGGAUCUUAUUGGGAAGCGGAGAUGUUCGCCGUCCUGUGGGGAGGCUAUGAACCGGAAAUCACCUCAUGCCCGGUGCAGCUGACCCCAUUUGGCUUCCCCGACGUGGUGACACUGUCCUGUGAUGGAGCGGAUGGCCAACCGACUGAAUUGGAUAAAAGCGGCAAGUGGCAGAUUAAGACGAAGUGUCGCGAUGCUAGAGGCUGGGACUCCGCCGGAGUUGCUUAUCGUAUUGUUUGCGGAGCCUACUGGGAUGCGGAGCUACUGUCCAUCCUAUGGGGUGGAUACAGGCCGGUUGUCACACGUAUCACUACGACUAGCACGACAAGCACUACCACCCAGAUGGUGUUCACUACCGCCUCCGUGGCGAACAGUGCGAGCACAGGCUGGUUCAACUUCGUGCAUUUCGACUGGGCCUCUUCGGAACGAUUCGGCAGCUGUUCACAGCUCCAGCGAGAGGCCACUCCUGGCGUGGCUGAUGAUCUCCUAGACCUCAAGACGGCUGGGAGGAUGCUCACGAUCCGGGCAGCCCAGGACCAGGCUAGCAGCUUGCUGAGGCGCUUGACCUGUAAUGCGGUUAAUUCCAGCCCGGUGCCGAGCCGAGGGGAGGAGAGCAAAUGGAGAGUCCGCGUUGGCUGCUUUGAAGGAUUCAAUUCGCCUCAUGUUAUCAAGGGAAACAUCAUAUGCAACUCCUUUUGGGAUGCUCAGAUGCUAUCUGUUAUUUGGGGAGGAUUCACUCCGAGACCAGUUCUUCCUAUUGCUACCCACCCCACCAACGGUCCAUCAGCGAUCCUCCCACAUCAUCUGAAUGUCCGAGUGACGCGUCUGGGAUCUGAGGUGGUGGACCGUGUCGGGGUGGUUGAUCCCACUCCAGAAGAACAAGCCAGCUGGCAUGAAAUGCAUAUACUAUAUGACAGUCUCCGGUCUGGUGAGAAUAAUAUUUGGGGGGAGACUUUAGAUGGCAAGAAAGUGAAUAUCGUUUUUGAUGAGCCGGGCAUGGCAGAGCUCCUUAUGCGGCAGUUCGCGGGCCGCGUGCAGGAGGUCACCACUGAUGUCAGCCGAUUUGCCCAGGCGCUCGGGGUAAGAGGCUUCUCGAGCCCCCCUCCAGUGCGGAGGUCGACCAAUGACCAACACCGCCGAGGUGAAAGACUUCCGUUUUUGAACUACUCGAAGUGA